AUGAAACUGAAUGAAGCCUUAAACUUUGCUUUCAAAGACUACUUCAAGAGGCUUUUUAACUUCAAGAAAGACAGGGAUGGCUACUGGAAGUGGUUUGCAGGAAACUUGGCAUCGGGUGGUGCUGCUGGUGCCUCGUCUCUUCUGUUUGUAUAUUCUCUUGAUUAUGCUAGAACACGGUUGGCAAAUGAUGCUAAGGCUGCCAAAAAGGGUGGUGAAAGGCAGUUUAACGGUUUGAUUGAUGUUUACAAGAAAACACUUAAAUCUGAUGGUAUGGCUGGGCUUUACCGUGGAUUUAAUAUCUCAUGUGUUGGAAUCAUUGUCUACCGUGGGCUCUACUUUGGAAUGUAUGAUUCGUUGAAACCUGUAGUUCUGGUUGGUUCAUUGCAGGAUAAUUUCUUCGCUAGUUUCUUACUGGGAUGGGGUAUCACAAUUGGUGCCGGGUUGGCCUCUUACCCAAUUGACACAGUGCGUAGAAGAAUGAUGAUGACCUCGGGAGAGUCUGUCAAAUAUAAGAGCUCCAUGGAUGCAUUUUCACAGAUCGUCAAGAACGAAGGGGCUAAAUCACUCUUCAAGGGUGCUGGAGCGAACAUUCUGCGUGCUGUUGCGGGGGCCGGUGUACUUGCUGGUUACGACAAAUUACAGGUUGUCGUUUUUGGCAAGAAAUACGGCUCUGGCGGUGGUGGUUAA